AUGUCCUUUUAUCAACCAAAAGUAAUAGAAAAAGAAAAAAAUUUGUUAUGCGAAUAGCAUCUAUAAUAAAUAGAAUAUGUGAACCUGGAUUCUUAAUUAUCAACAAAUCAAAGGCUCUUAUGCAAAUCAUGCUGCUAAUAGAAUCCAUCGAAUGCUAAGAUCGUGGAUUAUCAGUAGCUUAAAUAAGAUUUUGAUAACUAAUAAAAGGAUAGGAUUUCAUAAUAUUAAUAGAUAGUCUAGAUUCACAUAGAUAACAUUGAAAAGGUUUAGAACAUUAUAGACUCUGUAAAAACAAAAUUUAUUCAAUCACUUGAUGAUUAGCUUAUGCUAUUGAAAUAUUGGAUCAAUUAAUUAAUUAAUUCUAUAAGUUAAUACAGUUUUCUUGAAGAAUUAGAUUUCUUAACCUAAAAACAUAGACCAAUUACAAAUCCAAAAAAUAUUAUUGAAAGCAUUCAAAAAAUCAACAGCGAUUGUAAAUUUAAACUCGACCAAAAAUAGGAAUAAUUCAAAUUCUUACCAGAAAUCUAGAAAUCUUAGGAAAUAUUUGAAGAUCUUAAGAAUUACUGUCGGAAACUUGAAUUAGAAAUUAAUUCAUAAUGGAUGAAAUUAUCCACCUAAUAGGAAGAACAAGUUUAUAAAUGCAAAGAGGAUUUGUAUGAGAUUAUCGCGUAAUCGUAAGAUUUAGAUUCAUCAAUAAUGACCAUAUUAAUUAAGAUUUUUAAUAACGAAAAAAUCUCUGAUUGUAUAGGAUUUCUAUCAAGAAAUGAUAAUCAUGAGCUUUAUUAAUAAUACUUCAAUGAAGAAAUGAAUUUACAAUGCGUACUGCGGAACAUUAAGUAGAUUUACAACUUGAUGAAUAAUAUUAAUCAACAUGACUUUAGUUAAAAAGACUACUCAAAACAAUUAUAUCAAGAAAAGUAUCUCAUAAACAAAAUACAAUAAGAUAAGAAAAUCAUAGAAUUUUUAAAAUUCUUUGUUCAUCUUACAGCUUUUGAUAGUAAGUUUAUUUAAUGUGGAUCAAACGCCCUUAGUCUAUUAGUUGAACUAAAAGCUGAUCUAGACAAUUAAUGCUUUGAGAAUAUUAGAAUAUAAAAUACAAUUUUAAUUGGAGGAAAUUUUGUGCGAUGCAACUUAAGUGGAUCAGAAUUUAAUAAUGUAGAUAUUAGCGGAGUGAAUUUGAAUGGUGCUUAACUACACAAUUGUAAAUGGAAGAAUAUUAAAAUCCAUGAAUUGAAUAAAUUGGAUGGUCAUGUUGGACCAGUUUCAUCUGUAUGUAUCUCACCAGAUGGAAAUACAUUGGCAUCUGGUGGAGGUAGUAUUUAUGGAGAUGGUGAUAAGUCUAUAAAAAUAUGGGAUGUCAAAACAGGAUAAUUAAAAGACACAUUAAAAGGUCAUACUAAUUUUAUAAUGUCAGUCUGUUUCUCUCCUGUUGGAAAUACAUUAGCAUCUUGUAGUUGGGAUAAUUCUAUCCGUCUAUGGGAUGUCAAAACAGGAUAAUAAAAAGCAAAAUUAGAUGGUCAUACUCAUUAUGUUAUGUCAGUCUGUUUCUCUCCUGAUGGAAACACAUUGGCUUCUUGUAGUGGAGAUAAGUCUAUCCGUAUUUGGGAUGUCAAAACAGGAUAAUAAAAUGCCAAAUUAGAUGGACAUAGUGAGCCUGUUAUGACUGUCUGUUAUUCUCCUGAUGGAAAUACAUUAGCUUCUGGUAGUUGGGAUAACACUAUCCGUCUGUGGGAUGUCAAAACAAGAUAAUCAAAAGCCAAAUUCGAGGGUCAUAAUGAUACUGUUCGAUCAGUUUGUAUCUCUCCUGAUGGAAACACAUUGGCUUCAGGUAGUGAUGAUAGCUCAAUUCGUCUUUGGGAUGUUAAAACAGGAUAAUAGAAAGCCAAAUUGGAUGGACAUAGUGGAUUUGUUGUGUCAGUCAGUUUCUCAAUUGACGGAAAUACAUUAGCUUCUAGUAGCGGAGAUAGUUUUGGUAAGGAUAGCUCUAUCUGUCUAUGGGAUGUUAGCACAGGAUAAUAAAAAGCAAAAUUUAUGGGUCAUGAUUUGAAAGUUAACUAAGUCUGUUUCUUUCCUGAUGGAAAUAUAUUAGCAUCUGCAAGUGAAGAUAAGUCAAUCCGUCUAUGGGAUAUCAAAACAGGAUAUGAAAAAGCUAAAUUACAUCGUCAUGAUUCGUAAGUUAACUAAAUCUGUUUCUCUCCUGAUGGAUAUACAUUAGCAUCUGCAAGUGAAGAUAAGUGUAUCCGUUUAUGGGAUGUCAAAACAGGAUAAUAAAAAGCCAAAUUGGAUGGUCAUAGUAAUGGUAUCAAUUCAGUCUGUUUCUCUCUUGAUGGAACCACAUUAGCUUCUGGUAGUGAUGAUAAAUCAAUCCGUCUAUGGGAUGUCAAAACAGGUUAAUAGAAAACCAAAUUAGAUGGUCAUAGUGGAUAGGUUUAGUCGGUCUGUUUCUCUCCUGAUGGAAAUAUAUUCGCUUCUGGUAGUGAUGAUAAAUCAAUCCGUCUUUGGGAUGUCAAAACAGGAUCAUAAAAAGCCAAAUUGGAUGGUCAUAGUAAUGGUAUCAAUUCAGUCUGUUUCUCUCUUGAUGGAACCACAUUAGCUUCUGGUAGUGAUGAUAAGUCUAUCCGUAUUUGGAAUGUCAAAACAGGAUAAUAAAAAGCCAAAUUAGAUGGUCAUAGUGAGCCUGUUAUGACUGUCUGUUAUUCUCCUGAUGGAAAUACAUUAGCUUCUGGUAGUUGGGAUAAGUCUAUCCAUCUAUGGGAUGUCAAAACAGGAUAAUAAAAAGCCAAAUUAGAUGGUCAUACUAGCACUGUCUACUCAGUCUUUUUUUCUCCUGAUGGAAACACAUUGGCUUCUUGUAGUGGAGAUAAGUCUAUCCGUAUUUGGAAUGUCAAAACAGGAUAAUAAAAAGCCAAAUUAGAUGGUCAUAGUGAGCCUGUUAUGACUGUCUGUUAUUCUCCUGAUGGAAAUAAAUUAGUUUCUGGUAGUUUGGAUAACACUAUACGUCUGUGGCAUGCUAAAAAAUUUCAAUAAAAUAGUUCGAAUUAAGAAAGUGGUAUUUAUUUUCCUAUUUUAAGCCUUCAAUUAUAUAACAACACUCAUUAUAUCCUAAAAGGCAAUUUUCUAAGCUUAAGAAGCUAAAAUUCUGAAAGGGGAGUUUAUAAAUCAAUCAGGUAUUGAUUUAAAGACAUUAUUUAAACAAAAGGGUAGUUGCUUUUUGGAAAGCUUAUAGUAAAAGUGA